AUGCUGCGCGUCGUCGUCUCCACCCUCCCCGCCCUCCGCCCGCUCCUCCGGCGUGGGCCUCUGCUAAACCAUAAACCCCUGCUCCGCUCGCGCCUUCAGCCGUGGCCGUUCCGCGCGCUCUCGUCCUCCGCGUCGCCCGCCGCCGCCGCUAGCGAGGUGGUUGCGUUUGAGGAGCACCUUACGCGGUGCGCGGCGGCGGGCAGGGCGCCGUUGCGGGUGGCGGUGCUGGUGAGCGGCGGGGUGGACAGCAGCGUCGCGCUCCGCCUCCUCCACGCCGCCGGCCAUCACUGCACCGCGUUCUACCUGAAGAUUUGGUUCCAGGAAGAUUUCAGGAACUUUUGGUCCGAGUGCCCAUGGGACGAGGAUUUAAAGUAUGCACAAGCUGUUUGUGACAAGAUUGAUGUGCCAUUGGAGGUGGUACAUCUAUCCGAUGAAUACUGGAACCAUGUGGUGUCACAUAUGAUCAAUGAGUAUCGCUGCGGUCGUACACCAAAUCCUGAUGUUCUGUGCAACACGAGAAUAAAGUUUGGGGCUUUCUUAGAAGCUAUUGAAAAUUUGGGAUUUGAUUACAUAGCUUCAGGACAUUAUGCACACGUAGUACAUCCUUCCGCUGAAAAUACUGAAGCGCCAUCUGUACUGCAAUUAUCAAAGGACAAGGUCAAAGAUCAAACCUAUUUCCUCUCACAUCUAUCUCAAUCUCAGCUUAGAAGGCUUCUUUUCCCACUAGGAUGUAUUACGAAGGACGAGGUUCGCAGACUGGCUACUCAAAUGGGCCUUCCUAACCAAGGUAGGAAGGACUCACAAGGGAUAUGCUUUCUUGGAAAGGUCAAGUUUAGUGAGUUUGUUGAAAGACAUAUAGGAGAAAUGGAAGGAAUCAUACUGGAAGCCGAGUCUGGAGAUUACCUAGGGAAACACCGUGGGUUUUGGUUCUAUACAAUAGGUCAGCGGCAAGGAUUACGGCUUCCUGGAGGACCUUGGUACGUUGUAGAGAAAGAUGUUCAAAACAAUGUGGUUUUUGUAUCAAGGAAUUACUAUUCAUUGGAUAAGCGGAGGCGCACAUUUCGUGUUGGAUCACUAAAUUGGUUUGACAAUUCUGGACCUGGAAACAACGAGCAACUUAAAUGCAAGGUGCGACAUAGCCCUGAAUUUCACGAUUGCACUUUGAUAAAAGAGCAUACUGAAGAAAAUGAGGAUGCUUUGGUGGUGCAUCUGUCCGAAGAUGACCAGGGCUUAGCAGGUGGUCAGUUUGCAGCGUUCUAUAGUGAAAAUUCAUGCCUGGGAUCAGGCAUCAUUUUGGAUUCAUGGGACAAGAUGAGCUUCCCUGUCUGCUCAAGGGCACUCGAAAUCGCUAAAUUGGAGGACAAAUCGAGCUUAGGGAAGCCAGUAAGAAUCCUGAACUUGGAACAUGUCGUGAAGCCAGAAAAACAGGAGGAAAUCAAAGUUGCCUGA